AUGGCUUUGCUAUUCCGCUUUCUCCAGGCGUUCGCCUUGCUGUUCCUUGCCAGCGCAGUUGCCGCUGAACAUACUUCUAACUGGGCGGUGCUUGUAUCUACCUCUCGCUUCUGGUUCAACUACCGCCACCUCGCCAAUGUCCUCUCCUUAUACCGAACCGUCAAGAGGCUCGGCAUUCCCGAUUCACAAAUUAUACUCAUGCUCCCCGAUGACAUGGCUUGCAACCCCCGAAACGCUUUCCCUGGCACAGUUUACAGUAACGCAGACCGUGCCGUCGAUCUAUACGGCGACAACAUCGAAGUGGACUAUAGGGGGUACGAAGUGACUGUAGAGAACUUCAUCCGACUCUUGACCGACCGCCUCGACGAAGACGUACCGCGCAGUAAGCGCUUGGGAUCCGAUGCUGGCAGCAAUGUACUAGUGUACAUGACCGGACAUGGAGGCGACCAAUUCCUAAAGUUCCAGGAUGCCGAAGAGAUCGGCGCGUGGGAUCUUGCGGACGCGUUUGGACAGAUGUGGGAGAAGAAGCGCUACCAUGAGCUACUGUUCAUGAUCGAUACUUGCCAGGCCAAUACGAUGUAUACCCAUUUCUACUCGCCUAACAUCGUGGCGACAGGCUCCAGCGAGAUCGACCAGUCUUCCUAUUCCCACCACGCAGACAACGAUGUCGGCGUCGCUGUCAUUGAUCGCUGGACAUACUAUGUUCUUGAAUUCCUCGAGACACAAGUCACAAGUGUCACUUCCAAACUCAACCUAGGAGACCUGUUCGAUUCCUAUGACGAGUCGAAGAUUCACUCUCAGCCGGGUGUCCGGUGGGAUUUGUUCCCUGGAGGCGAGCAAGAAGGUCGCCUGCGGACUGUGGUUGACUUCUUUGGCAAUGUCCAGAACGUGGAAGUUGAAAAUGCCAACGCCACUGAGCCUGGCUCUCUCAAGGAAGAUUUGGCCGAGAUUGCGCGACUUGUUGAGAAGUGGCAAAAGCGUGACGAAGAAUACUCAGCCAUAUUAGGUGAUUCCGCUGGAAAUGUUACCGAAGACCUGCAUUCAUCUUCUUUACAUCUGAAGCUGAAGAAUACCGUUGGGCCGACCAAAAUGGCGGAAGACGGCAGCUGGGGCAAGCGACUAGUUGGCAUCUCUGUCGUUGGUGCAUGCACCGCUAUCUGGGUGGCUGGAUCAAUUUUGGGCCGCUCGUCUGUUUAA